AUGAAAAUAAAAAUAAUGGCUAUUUUCCCAGUUUUAUUUUUUGCUGUUUCUUUCCCUGAUUAUAUUCAACCACAAAUGUUUGACCCUUAUUUUGGUAUUUAUUCAUUUAACAAUCCUUCAAUGAAUUUAUAUAACCCUUACAUGUAUCCCAUUGGUUAUGGACAUUAUUAUUCGUCUUCUUCUUCUGAUUGGCAACCAUGGACGGGAGGAGGAUUUAAUAGAGGAAUUAAUACGCCAAGUAUUGGCUCUUUUAAUCAAAUAAAUCCUUUUUUAAAUCCAUUUUACCCUAACAACAAUAAUUUAAUUAAUUCUGGAAUAUUUGGUUUACAAACACCUCCUCCAACACCUCCCUCAAAUAAUAAUCCUUUUGGAAAUCUUUUAUCUGCAUUAAUUGGUCCUCCACCUCCUCCACCUCCGCCCCCUCCUUCUCCACCUACACUUUCUCCACUACCAAAUUUAUUUCAACCAAAUUUUGGUGAAACAACAAAUGGAAAUAAUAAUAAUAUAGCAUCUUCACUUUCAUCCCCUUUUGGAAGAAAAUUCCGUUCAAGAUUGGGAAGUGGAGGAGGUCCGUCUUCAGGUUCUGUUAAUAUCCUUUCUUUAUUAGUCUUAAAGUGCUCUCUGACUUCGGGAAUGCCACUAUUCCUGAUAAUAAAAACAUUUCUCCAUCCCCAAAUAAUCCACCCUUUAAUUUUUCGAACAUUUUGA